CUAAUUUGAAGCCAUGCAUCUUUGACAAAGUAGAGCCCUAAUUAACAUUUUGGAUUGUGGGAAUGAGUGGCAAUGAAAAAGCAGUGUACAAAUUGACAGCAGACUGAUGGCUGUGGAUUAUGAUUGGGUGGAUUCCGGUCCCAAACAAAUUCUAACCAACUGUGUUGUGUGCUACUCUUCAACUAUCACUAUAUAAACCCCUCACCAUAACAUCCUUAGAUUCAGGCCCCAUUUUCAACUCUUUGCUAGAAUCCUAUCUUCAGCUCUUCUACUCUCUGCCCGCGUGCUCUGACCGCGGAGCAGAGAGAGAGAGAGACAGAAUUUGAAAAGGGUUUCGUCAAUUUGGGUUUCUUUAUUGAUUGCCAUGGCGUGUAGACUUGCACAUUCUGGCUUCCUUAUCUUGGGGCACCAGAAAAGGCCAAAUGAGAGCAACAGAAUUUUUGCUCAGAGCUCUACUUCAUCAGGUUCAUAUCUUCUGAAGUGGGAAAGUCUGCCUCAGAGAUUAAGCAAACGAAAACAAUGCUUUAAAUCGCUGCAAAAGCGUGAAAUUGUGAGAGCUGUGGCUGUCAAUGUGGCACCUUCCCCAGCAGCAGACAGUGCAGAAUAUAGACAGCGGUUGUGUCAUGAAUACGGCUUUCGACAGAUUGGAGAACCCCUUCCAGAUAGCGUGACACUGAGAGAUAUAAUCGAUACACUUCCAAAGAAGGUGUUUGAGAUUGAUGAUGCAAAAGCUUUGAAGUCUGUGUUGGUAUCUGUAACAUCCUAUGCUUUGGGGAUCUUCAUGAUCGCUAAGGCCCCGUGGUACCUGCUUCCUCUAGCUUGGGCUUGGACUGGAACUGCGAUUACAGGGUUCUUUGUCAUAGGACAUGAUUGUGCACACAAAUCAUUCUCGCGGAACAAGUUGGUGGAAGACAUUGUUGGAACUCUGGCAUUCAUGCCUCUCAUUUACCCUUACGAGCCAUGGCGUUUUAAGCAUGACAGGCAUCAUGCGAAAACAAAUAUGUUGGAAGAGGAUACAGCCUGGCUCCCUGUUAAGCCGGAGGAAUUUGAGUCCUCUUCAAUCCUCCGAAAGGCAAUCAUAUAUGGUUACGGACCUCUUAGGCCCUGGAUGUCUAUAGCACACUGGUUGAUAAUGCACUUUGACGUCAAAAGGUUCAGACCUAAUGAAGUCAAGCGAGUGAAGAUAAGUUUGGCUUGUGUGUUUGCUUUCAUGGCAAUCGGAUGGCCUUUGAUAAUUUUGAAAACCGGGGUCAUGGGAUGGAUCAAGUUCUGGUUGAUGCCGUGGUUAGGUUAUCACUUCUGGAUGAGUACUUUCACAAUGGUCCAUCACACGGCGCCUCAUAUACCCUUCAAGUCCUCGGAUGAAUGGAACGCUGCCCAGGCCCAGCUCAACGGCACUGUCCACUGUGAUUAUCCGAGCUGGAUAGAAAUCCUUUGCCACGAUAUCAACGUGCACAUUCCUCAUCACAUUUCCCCCAGAAUACCGAGCUACAACCUGCGAGCAGCUCAUCAGUCUCUCCAAGAAAACUGGGGAAAGUACAUGAACGAGGCUUCCUGGAACUGGCGGCUGAUGAAGACGAUACUGACUGUCUGCCAUGUCUACAGCAAGGAGAGAAACUACGUCCCCUUUGACGAGCUUGCGCCCGAGGAAUCUCAGCCCAUCACAUUCCUUAAACAAGUAAUGCCUGAUUAUGCUUGAGCCAUCAUGCUAUGCCAUUAAGCUUCAACAACUGCCAUUUUUGGUCCAAAUUCUCUCCCAAAGUUAGGUUUCCUAGCACACCCAAUAUUCAUUGUAUCUCAUACAUAUCAUUCCAUGAAUAUUAUGAUGCAUUGCUCACUGUCUUUAUGCAGAUGCAAAUUCAUUAUCUAAAGUAGCAACAUAGGCUUAUGUGAUGGUUUUCUUUUGAAAUCUGCAUGUUAUUGGAUGAGAAUGCACUGGUGAGAAGAAGAAAAAAAACUAAGGAUAUUUUUCUUGGAAA